AUGUCUGGGUUCGAGAUCGCGGGGGCUGUGCUCGGAGCUAUUCCGUUGGUAAUUUCAGCUCUUGAAAAUUAUAAGAACGGGGUGCGAGUAAUACAACGGUGGAGGAAAUACGACAAAGAGCUGCAAAGCUUGAUUCGAAAUAUCGAGACCGAGCGGGUAAAGCUUCAAAAUGUGUGUGAAAAGCUUUUGGACGGACUGGUGUCCCCAUCUCAAAUCGACGCCAUGGUAGAAGAGCCUAAUGGGGAAUUGUGGAUGAAUGGCCAGGUUCAGGCGAAGAUUCGAACAAGACUUUGGAGGUCUUGCGACGUGUUUGAGCAGACAUUGAGAGACAUCCAGGAAGCUAUCAAGGAUAUAAGCGAGAGGGUAGGAAGCGGAGACGAUGUACGAUGGUCAGAUGCAUCUGUGGUAGCGAAAGAGCUCAAACGUGCGGGAUUUACAUUACGUCGGUCAACAUAUGAAGGCCUCUUGACCACCAUUAAAGAGGGCAUCUCGAAUCUCGAAUCUCUAGCAGCAAUGAACAUCGAGCUUGAGCCGAAAAGACGAGUGAGAUCGCGUAUUAGGCUCCUAGACAUCCUACGCAAUCUGUCCUCGAGCGUUUACCGCGCUGUCUGCUCUAGCUUAACAUGUGCGUGCAGGCAUCGCAUCUCGAUGCGUGUCUCAGAGUGCACGGAUGACCUUACUCCUGGUCAUGAUGAAGACUAUGUCGUCCAAAAACUUCGGUUUCACCUUGCCAUGUCAUUUUCUCAGCCGCAAUUUGAAGGUCAUCAGUCUAUCGCAGCAGACAAACAAUGGGAGGAGCUCCUACUACGAGCAAGCUUUCCGCUACAGACGUCAGUUCAAACCCCCAAUUUGGCGCCGGAUAGGGCCAACCAGAUUAUCGGCUCUACGAAGCAAAGGAAGUCUGUCAAGUUUUCUCUUUCUCGCUUCUCCUCAUCUUCAACGACCACUAUGAAGCAGCAGAGGUUACCUUACCUAAACCCAACGUUCAACCAUGUAUCAACAUAUGUGGCGAAUUGA